AUGUCAAGGGCCGUUCAGACGCCGAUGGCCUACUCGGCUUUGAUACCGGCUACGGCCGGUGAUGAAGAGGAGCUGCUUCCGCCCUUGGAGACCGUGGAGCGACGAGGCAGACCGUGGGUAUGGCGCACUGUCGGCGGGCUGGUGGCGGCGGCGGCCAUGGCGGCCCUGUUCCUGAACAGGUCCUCCAGCGAUGUCUCGGAUGUGCGCCAUGCACAGGCAGAGUUUGCGCAAGGCGGCGGCGGGAUGAUGAUCGCUGAUCAUCAGGGUGGCUCUGGCUCUUUCCACGGUGAGUGGCACGGCCACGGAUCUAUCGGUGGAUCUCAUGAUGCAGAUGGCUCGUUCGGCGGACACGGAUCUCAUGUGGAGGGUGGCUCUGGCUCUUUCCACGGUGAGUGGCACGGCCACGGAUCUAUCGGUGGAUCUCAUGAUGCAGAUGGCUCGUUCGGCGGACACGGAUCUCAUGUGGAGGGUGGCUCUGGCUCUUUCCACGGUGAGUGGCACGGCCACGGAUCUAUCGGUGGAUCUCAUGAUGUGGGCGGCUCGUCCGGCGGCCACGGAUCUAAUACGGAGGCGUCAUACUCCCCCUGCCCACCCGGGCACGUGCAUCAGUGCCCGGCGGAGUGGAGCAGCCCUGGCAACGCGGGCGGGUACCACUGCCUUCACAAGCUUGCGAACCAGGCGUCCACCGCCGCUUACGUGAGCUCCGGCGGUGCCUGCCGCCCUGCGGCUCACGGGCCCUUCCCCUUCGAGGACUGCCAAGUCCAGUGCGGCCUUGGCAAGGUUGGGGGCACGGAGCACACAGAGGGCCAUGGAGGCUCCGCGAACGGCGAGUGGGGCGGGCACGGCGGCUCCUGGAGUGAGGGAGGAGACGCGGACUUCGGACACGGAUCUCAUGUUGAGGGCCAUGGAGGCUCCGCGAACGGCGAGUGGGGCGGGCACGGCGGCUCCUGGAGUGAGAGCGGAGACGCGGACUUCGGACACGGAUCUCAUGUUGAGGGCCAUGGAGGCUCCGCGAACGGCGAGUGGGGCGGGCACGGCGGCUCCUGGAGUGAGAGCGGAGACGCGGACUUCGGACACGGAUCUCAUGUUGAGGGCCAUGGAGGCUCCGCGAACGGCGAGUGGGGCGGGCACGGCGGCUCCUGGAGUGAGAGCGGAGACGCGGACUUCGGCCACGGAUCUCAUUUUCAGGGUGGCUCUGGCUCUUUCCACGGUGAGUGGCACGGCCACGGAUCUAUCGGUGGAUCUCAUGAUGCAGAUGGCUCGUUCGGCGGACACGGAUCUCAUGUGGAGGGUGGCUCUGGCUCUUUCCACGGUGAGUGGCACGGCCACGGAUCUAUCGGUGGAUCUCAUGAUGUGGGCGGCUCGUCCGGCGGCCACGGAUCUAAUACGGAGGCGUCAUACUCCCCCUGCCCACCCGGGCACGUGCAUCAGUGCCCGGCGGAGUGGAGCAGCCCUGGCAACGCGGGCGGGUACCACUGCCUUCACAAGCUUGCGAACCAGGCGUCCACCGCCGCUUACGUGAGCUCCGGCGGUGCCUGCCGCCCUGCGGCUCACGGGCCCUUCCCCUUCGAGGACUGCCAAGCCGCUGCCUUGGCAAGGUUGGGGGCACGGAGCACACAGAGGGCCAUGGAGGCUCCGCGAACGGCGAGUGGGGCGGGCACGGCGGCUCCUGGAGUGAGAGCGGAGACGCGGACUUCGGCCACGGAUCUCAUGUUGAGGGCGAGUGGGGCGGUGGUCACGGGGGCUCCUGGUCCGGUGAUGUGCACUUCGGCCACGCAAUUCAUGCUCAGGCAAAGCCGGGCUGGAAGUGGGACGACGAGCAGCAGACCUUUGUGCCCGACGGCUCGGGCUCCGCGGACUGGUCUAGCGACUCAGCCGACUUUGGCGGCGAGGAGAGCACGGGCUUGA